GUCAGAGUGCUGUAGUGUUCGAUUCCACACUAAAAACCAGAUGUUCGGAAGGAAUGACUUCCCAGCAAUAAAAGUCAAUCCGUAUACUCGACAACACAGCUCACUGAAGGAACUGGUUUCUUUCCGUACAAUGCAGAUGCCAUGAUUUCACCAGCUGAAACAUAGUCGUAUCGGGCAAAUCAGAUUUCCUCUUCGAACUCACAGUAGGUGCACGAAUGAAAGCAGCUCGGCGAGGAGAAGCGACCAUUUCGACAAAAAGCCGAAACGCAGGACGUCGGGGCUAAUUUUGAGCUCCUCCUCGACCUCUCACAGUAGGAGCAUGACUCAAAAGAAGUUUGGCGAGGAGUAGGUGACAAGUAAUGUCAUAGCUUGGCAAUGUGCCCAUUCCUCCCGAGGCUGACACGCGGCACCUGAAUGAUUUGUGGAUCGCAACAUGCGCAUAUGUAAAUUUCUUCCCUUGCCGAAGCUGGCUGCAUGUGAGAACCUGAUGCUCGAACCUCUCGUGAAGAUCUCAUCACUCUGUAUGCUUUCUUGGUAAGUCAAGUCAAUGUAAACAGCAGCCUGGGUCGAAAAAAGUAUGAAGACAGUGCUGCAGUAGUGUCCACAGUCGGGACCUGCAAGGUCUACCUUAAUUAUCUGAGGUAGGACUGAUUCACUUUCUGACCCUUUUCACAGAGAGGAAUUGGCCUGCGUCUACUGAGUCUUCAGUGUUAGUGAAAGAGGACUUUGCGAUCGAUCAAAACACAUGGAUUGGUGCACGAGGAUCAGCAGCAUGUUUCAAUUGCUCUAAAUUAGCCAUGUUCUCGUUGUAGGAAUAUCAUCGCACGCUGUAAUUGAAUUGAAGGCUUUAGGUUUAUGAUUUCUGCGGAUGUGGUAUGUCCAAGUCGAUGGGUUUUAAAUGCUGGGAUUUGUGUGGAUAGAUCGCAGAGGUGCUUAUCAGCCGUGUCCCUUCAAUUUCGAAGUGUUGAAAUUGUUGUGCCAGUCGGCAACCAGAUGCGGUGCCUUAGGAGGCAAGGCGACAAGGGUCCCACAACCAGCCGGUUGUAAAUUCGAAGCGUAAUUCUACUCUAAUCGUCUAUCAUAUUCUGCUUCUCUCAAUAAUGGGAUGCCGGGAAAACGGCUAUCUUCUUUGUGAAGAGCUUAGAUGGGAGAAAUGCUGUUUGACGACUUUGAUGUGGAUGCUCUCUUGGACGCUCAGAGCAGCGAUGACGAUGGCAACGAUUUACCAGAACUCGAGCGAUCACUCGAUGACAUUCUUAAUGACGAUGAUGACGAAUUCGCUGAUGUCCUUGGGCAUUCUGUUCCCGUCAAGUCGUCCUCCACUGGAGCUCGUGAGCCCAAUAGUCUCGACUUCGAUCCUGCCACAAACGAGGAGCACCCAACCUCAAAACUGGACGGGGAGCUCUUAGACAAAGGUCUUUACGAGCUAGAAUCUCAUCGAUAUGGAGAUAACAUGUCCGGAGCAGCAAGUGGAAUAUUGAUCACCAGCAUAGAAGCUGACCAGAGAAAUCUUUCCAUAGCGGACACUAGUAUCGUUGCUAAUAGCAGUAAUGACUAUCCUGAAAAGGAGCCUCCACCCCAGACCUCUUUUGCCCAAGGUUCACCACGUUUUGUUGAGGCGGAGAUUGAUUUUCAGGGAAAAGGUGAGAGUCAAAUUCGUUCAGGAGAGGAUGGAGUUGAGUCAGAAGCUACUGGAAGGGGUGGGGGGGCUGGAACCAUCAGCGGUUGUGAGAGCUAUGGGAGGCCUUCUGCACCAAUCUCAGUGGAUAAGGCCCCUCCCGCUGCCGGGAGCAACUUUAGACGGAGACCUGGGGCAGCAUUUGCUGCAGCUGCAGCCGCAUCACGUCAGAUGGGCCCUUCUGACUCUGCCGCAUCGAAAUUUGCCAAAACCUUCGUUACACGGCAAAAAUACAUACUUCGUCAGACCUCGGAGUACAAUAGAUCAGAGGUGCAGAGGAUGAGUGGAUACCCCAAGAGUGCAGAUCAGGUUCCAAAUGGAGUAACUCGGGGUGACGACAUUGCGAAUGAUCCAUUGGAGUCGGAAUUCUCGCACGACGAUUCAGAUGGUAACAGGUUCACAUUGUACUGUGGAAUUGACACCCAGGAGGAGGAUAAUGUGAAGGAGAUAGGAAAUGAUGAAACAUACACUGCUGUUAUUGAAGAGUGUCUUGAUAAAGUAGAAAAUCUUACUUCUACCAUUGCCGACUUGCAACAGCAGGGGUCCAGUUCUUCAAAUUCUUGUCUUUCAGAAAUUGCUACAGGACAGAACGAUGCCGACGAAGAUGAUGAUCCACUUUUGUCUUCGGGAGUGGUUGAUGAUAGUUCCUCCUCAAACGAUGUAUUAGAAACAGAUGAUGAAGAUAUCGAUGAUGGAUCUCGAGCCCGUGAUCCCGUAGAACUUGAGCAUCAGACCCACGAGCGAAGUGUAUUGGUAGACACAGUGGAGCCAGAGUCAACUGAUGUAGCUUCUUUAAAUACUUGGAUCGAGGGGAUGCAAGAACAUGUAAUUGCCAGCACACUUAAUACCCAUUCGCAGGCCAUCAAGAUAUCUACGCUGAGAACUUCAACCGAAUCAGAUGAAGAGCAAGCAUCUUCAGACGAACUUUUGCAGCAUUCGGAUUGUGCUGAUGUUGAGAGCCAAAAAGAGAUUCGGAUUACUGAGGAAGAGCCACAGCGGACGACUUUACAAAUCGCAGAAGAGAGAGAAAAGAAAGCUGCCAGUUCAGGUUUACAUUGGGAAGAAGGAGCGGUUGCCCAGCCCAUGAGACUCGAAGGAAUUCAAAGAGGUGCCCCUGCCAUUGGUCUUCUGCAGCUUGAUUCAGGAGGAUCUUUGUCCUUCGCUCUGAAGUCAGCCGACCUGCGACGUGACCAUGGAACACCCCAAGCUCUGGCUGUACACAGUAAUUUUAUCGCCAUAGGAAUGUCAAAGGGACCCGUAUUAAUCAUCCCUAGUAAGUACUCGGCAACAAAAAGUGCAGAUGAAACUGAUGCCAAGCCUUAUAUUUUGAUCCCCCCGGCAUCAGAGAAACAUCAAAUGGCGGUUUCUUCCAUGUCAUUCAAUCAACAAGGAGACUUACUACUAGUUGGAUAUUCCAAAGGCCACAUCAUUCUCUGGGAUGUGCCUAAAGCGUCUGUGGGUAGACACAUCGAGAACAACAACGGUGUACCUAUCGUACAUGCAGUUUUCGUUGGGCAGGAUGUUACAGCCUCUCGCACUAUCAGGGCCAUUACUGCGGAUUCCAGGGGGCAAACGUUACUUCUCACUUUUACGCAGAUUCCAGUUUUACGCAGAUUUUCAUUAAACACAGCGGUACUACUAGAUGGACAACGCACUGGAGUUGUGCUGUCACUUGCCCCAUUGUUACCAAAUGAAGGGACUCAUAUUCCUGGCAGCGCAAAUGCAUCACCAAGUGGAAUAUCUUCGUCUCCAAUAAAUCUUGGAACAGUGAUGAGUGUAGUUGGUGGAGGUGCAAGUAACGAUGUAGGACGGAAGUUCCUGUAUGAUGGUAGUUCUUCGAAUGAAGAAGGUGGAGGGUUGGUUGUGCUGGCGACAUAUCAAGCAGCCCUUGUGGUACGUUUGCUGCCUACCAUUGUAGUUUGUGCUAGGUUUGUUCGACCAGAAGGAAUUCGUGAUGUUGCUAUUCCCUACACAGCGUGGAGGCGCACCAAGGCAGCUUCCUCGGGGACCUCAUCUUCUUUAAGUACAGCUAGUGCAUCAUCUGCGGAGCUUUCUCAAAGCACUCCUUCGAAGAAUAUUGACGGACGUCCUUCCGAGAAUGGUCAUCUUCGGGACGAUGGACCGGUUGAAGCUGGCACAGCUAAAUCAAAUGGUGAUGGAGGCGAAAGUUUCCCACUACUUGCUAUGGCUUGGGACACAAAAGUGCUUGUUUUGCAGUUGGUGAAGGGAGAGUUGAAAAUCGUUGCUCAGUGGGACUUGGAUAGUCCAGCUAUUGGUGUCGCUUGGUUGGAGGAGCAGAUGGUGGUUGUUGCUACAGCGAAGGAUGAACUUUGCCUCUUUACAAAUGAAGGUGUUGAGAUAGAACGAGCAGCUUUGUGUAGUGAACAUGGGGGAUUAGGGGCCGUGACAUAUCAUACUCACUUCUCGAAUAUGUAUGGGAAUCCUGAGAAGGCCUACCAUAACUCUUUAGCAGUGCGCGGAGCUGCUUUAUACUUGCUUGGACCUGUUCAGUUGUGGAGGGCGCGACUAUUGCCAUGGCGGGAUCGAAUAAGUGCUUUACAAAAUGCAGGAGAUUCGUUGGGUGCGUUUCACAUUGCUAUGGAAAUCUACGAUGGACGAUCUCAAGGUGUCACAGGUCUACCAAGAGGACUUGAUGCAAUGCGAGAGGCUAUAAUGCCAACUCUCCUGAGCUUGCUUUCUUCGUAUAUCGACGAAGCCUUUGCUUAUCUUUCCUUGGCAUUUGGUUCUUCCCCUUCCUCCUCAUCAGGUUCCGAGUCUGCCAUAGUUAGCCAAAUUCAUUUGGGAAAACCAGACGUGGUUUCAUCAGCAGUUGCAAGUGGUACAAGGGAUUCAGUAGAAGAACUAGCUGUGGAAGCCAGGGAGCAGUAUGCAAGAGUUGGUGGGGUGGCCAUUGAGUUCUGUGUUCACAUACAUAAAACAGAGGUUCUAUUUGAGAAUGUCUUUAGCAAGUUUGACGCCGUGGGUCAGCGUGGCACAUUCUUGGAGCUACUGGAGCCGUAUAUAUUGAAAGACAUGUUAAGCGGCCUCGCACCCGAGGUGAUGCAAGCUCUGGUGGAACACUACAGCAGUCGUGGGUGGUUAAACAGGGUGGAGCAGUGUGUCCUUCAUAUGGAUAUUGCUUCUUUAGACUUCAACCAGGUCGUACGGGUUUGCAGAGAUCAUGGACUAUAUAGUGCACUUAUUUACCUCUUCACCAAAGGUCUUGAUGACUAUAAGUCACCUCUGGAAGAGCUUCUUGCCGUAUCUCAGCAGUCAGUUGAUCCUCAACAAGCGAGAGGGUUCGGUUUGAAAUUGCUGGUCUACCUCAAGUAUUGUUUUUCUGGUUUGGCAUUUCCGCCAGGAAACGGCACACUUUCCCCGUCAAGAUUGCCUCAUCUGCGGACUGAGCUACUUGAGUAUUUACUUGACGUGAUGGAGAGUAAGAAAGAAGUUAUUAUGACUCCUCAUGGUCUUGGACAAAAGUACUCUAGGCUCUUGUAUCUUCUGACUUUGGACACACAAGCAACGCUUCAGGUCCUGGGCGCCGCUUUUCCUGAAGAUGGUCCUUUGGGUGUUGGGAAACGAGACUGCGUGUAUCCUCUGAUCAGGACAAAUUCUGAAGAGGAUGGUUUGAAUAAGCUGGUGGAGUUACAAAUCAAAAGUCAUUCUUCCCCAAACCAAGAGGGCAUUUCAGAAGGUCUGAAACUGGCUCAAAUCACAGUAAACGCCCUCAUACAUGUCCUUCAGACUGUUGAAAGUGCUCGCAGCAAGUCAAGGACUGAAGAAAAAUCAUCAGACGCAGAAUACUCAACGGAAGAAUGUUGGCCGUCUGACAGGGACAUUGGUGACAUAUUUGAAUUUGUCGCUUACUUUGCUGCCGGGAAGUAUGCUGUGGUACCAACAGCAGUUUUGUCCCUUAUUUUCGAGUAUCUAACCUCUCCUUCCCUAGAAAACUUGGAGAGAGUACAAGAUCUGGAGAGAAAAAAGCUGGAUAUUUUGAGGCAGAGAGAGGACUUGAUGCUUGCUGUGCUGAAGGCAGUCCCUAAGUCAAGCUGGCAGGCUGAACGGACACUCGACCUUGCUCUGAAUAUUGGAUUCUGGAAGGUUAAAGCACUUCUGCACGCCGAAAGGGGUGACUUCGCAGCGGCAUUAGAAAGCUAUCUAAAGGCUGUGGAUCGUCCACAAGACCCUUUCACCUUUAUUUCUGAGAAGCUUUCUUCUGAUGAUGGUCUGAAAGGUCAUCAUUUGAUUAAUUUCCGUGAAAGUGUUCUGUCGCACAUCCCAGAGCUAAUCCAAUUAAGCCCAGUCUCUACUUUGUUGAUCGUACUGAAGCACCUCAGUAAUGAGAAUCAGCUAAUUCUGAAGGAAUUAUCCCCGCACCCUAGAUUACUCUUCAACUACAUGAAGGCCAUCAUGAAUAUCCGCUCUGGUGGAUUCAGUUACCCUGAGAAUGAAGCGGAAUCACAGGCUUAUCUAGCUGAUCUAUUGGAACGCUCAGGUCUUGAAUUUACGGAUGAGAUGGCUGAAAAUUUUGUGGAGUUGCUUUGCCGUUUUGAACCCAAAUCCGUACUUGCAUUCUUGGAGAGCUAUGAAAAUUACCGGCUUGAACACUGCUUGAGAUUGUGUCAGGACUAUGGCAUCACUGAUGCAGCUGCCUUUUUGUUGGAAAGGGUUGGUGAUGUUGCCAGUGCCUUAUCGCUGGUAAUAGCAGAUGUAGAUAGGCUCCUGCAAGAAAUGGAUCUGGCCAUUGCAAAGUAUUUUUUUCUUCCAUCUGCUUCCAAGGGACCUCAGAUCUCAAUGGACGAUAUGGUUAAGGACAGACCAGAGGUUACAGCCGUACACUCUGUUGUAAGGGUUGCAGUUGCUCUCUGCCAGCGCAACACGUUUCGACUGGAACCCAAGGAAUCCGAGAGCUUAUGGUUCCGCCUUCUUGACAGGUUUGUGGAGCCUUUACGUGAGAUCAAUCUACAACUGAGAAAACUCAAGACUAGGGGCCAGUUUAAUUUAAGGACUAAUUCUAAAAGCGACUCAGCUUAUGAUGCGACAUCAAACACGGACGUUUUCUGUUGGAAGGUUGUUGGAAUUGAUGUUGCAGUACAAGCCGUUCGGACCUUACUUGUUCAGUACAUUGGAGAAAUAGUGAAUGGAAUGAUGGGGUUUGUUCCCAUAUCUGUUACAAUGAGCAAGAUUCUUGAAGACCAUGGUGGACACGAGUUUGGGGAUUUUAAAGCCACGAUUUUGGACAUGCUCAGUGCGUAUGGAUACGAGCGAGCAAUUCUGGGAACUGCGAACAAAUUGAUAGAGGAUGAUACCUUCGAGAAUAUACAUGCGCUGCGUCGUGGUUGUAGCCAUGCUUUUAUUCCCUCUGCUAACAUCUGCUCUGUGUGCGGCCUUCGUCUUGAUGAGCCCUUAGAUUUAUCUCACUUGAAGUCUGCAGCUGGAACUGUAGCCAGCACGAGUUCUAUUUCCACAAAAAGCAAUGAUAGACAGAAAGGGAAAGUUGAUGACAAAUCGGGAUCAAUGCCGCUUGAAGAAAACCGGUUGAGGGUGCGCAUCUUCCCUUGUGGUCAUGCCUCUCAUUACAUGUGUGUUGAUUUUGAAUCCGGGAUGAAAAAGAGGACAUUUUCUGGUUUUGUGGUUUGUCCAAUUUGCUCCUAUAGAGGCAAACCUGUUGACUUUUCUCACAAGGCAAAAGAUUCGACCUUGUUGAGAGACUCCGUAAUAGAAGUUGGUGGUCGAAAGAGAGGAGAUCAUGAAUCAACGAACUUGUCACAGUUAGGACGAAUGCACAAAACAACAAAUCGGAUUUUCGGAAAAUCACGGUUGGAGAUACUGAAACAGUUAGAGAGAGGUACGGAUUUACAUGAACUUGGGCCGUCACUGGAGUUGAGUCUUGCACCACCAGUCUUGACCUCCUACAAGCGACCAAACUCGCAUCCCUCAUCAAACACUGGCUCUGUCUCGGGGAGAGUCAACUCCAGGUCUUCAUUGACUUCAGCAGUCAUGAGCGUGCAACGCAAGAGCAAAGUUCGUGCGAGAUACUAGCCACGUACUGUCUGAUCUUUCACUCUGGGACCGAGCGAUCAUGCAUAUCCGUCUCGUCGUAGGUCAUCAUGCUCCACAACGGUUAGUUUGUGAGAGACCGCUAGACGCAUACCCUAUUCGGGUUUGCUCUGUAAGCUGAUCCGGACUCUGCUCUGCAACGUUUCGUUCUUCAGUGCAGUUUUCACAAGUCACGUUAAUGUCGCUGGCGGUGAGGGAUUGCUGACAAUCUGUAACAAUCAUCUACUUGAGGAGAUCGGCCCUUUGAUUCUGAACAUGUGGGUGAUUGCAUCAUGCUGGCUAGUUCUUCGGAGCAGAGAAUGGAGAGAUGUGUGCAUUCAUUCAUCUGUGUAUGAACGGGGGUGCAAGUUAUCGAAUACUGCGGGACGGUUGAUCCAGCGCCGAUGAGCUCCUUAGUGAAGGAUACAACACCAAUACUGAUCCCUUGUAUCAUCGAAUUUUCACAGUUUACUUUCAAAAUAGUUACCAACCUCUUAAAAUCGCCAAGUUGGACUUUAGCAAAUUGUAGAAGAUAAUUCAUUUUGCUGUGAAUAUUUUAGUAGGUCCAUUCUUUCGGUGACUCUAAGCUACCUUGGCCAUUGUCAGGUUGAAGUAAAGAUGAGGUACAGCAUAAGUUUGUAGUUGUGAUUCAUUUAAUGGUCAGUAGCAGUGAAACAACUGUCAUAUUACAAUGAGUCACUUGAAGCUCACUAUUUCAACACCUGUCUACACUGGUCUACUGUAUGGCUUUGAAAUAACGUAUUUGGUUGUUUGUGUGUUAUGUAACCUUUUGACCGCGAUAAUUCGGAUAUCUCAGCUGAAAGAGGACAUAUUUUCCUGGGUGAUGCUGUUGUGGCCGAGCCCCAGCUUACCGAUUUGGUUUUAUCCCUGUAGGACUUGAUGGGGUGUUCCCAUCGUUUUUGCUUUAUUACUGGGUAUUUAUUAGGCGUUCAUUGUUU